GGAGAUAUAGUUCUGGACGUGGACGCCGAGACCGGCCGUGAGGUGCUAGUGUGGACAGCCGAAAGGGAAAGCAAAACGCGCAAAGGUCUCGAAGACGGUCAUCAACGUCAAUUCUGUCCUAAAGCGUUUGCCACCGGCACAAACAGAUGCCCUGUUCUUUAUUACAAGUUGUUUAAGGCCCGCCGUCCGCAGAAAGCUAACAGCCCAAAAUUGCCAUUCUAUCUGGCAGUUAAUCACUAAACCUGGCGCCAAAGCCAAGUUUGGUACAAGAGCUCACCACUCGGCAAGAACGAAAUCGGAAAAUCUGCGUCCACGGCGGCAAAAAAUGCCGGUUUAGCAGCUCAAAACAAGAAGAUAUCCAAUCAUUCCGUCCGUAAAACGUCAAUUUCCCGUCUGCUUGAUGCUGGUGUGCCAGAAAAUUUUGUGAUGCAACUAAGUGGCCACAAAAAUCUUCAAAGUUUGAGUUCAUACAAAUCAGUUUCCAUCACACACUAG